AUGGCAGCCAAAAACGUUGCGCCCGCUGCAUUCAAUGAUCAGGACUCGAGUACGUAUUGGAGUAGCGUGGGAACGAGCUUGUUGUUGAGUAUUUGCUCCAAUAUAACACGCCUGGUUUUGGUCGAUGGUGUUGCGCAUGGCCUGUGUAAGUAUAGCCCAUCGCUAUGGGGUACUUUCAAGUGUGACCGACUUAAAUAUCUUGAGUAUCGUUUCAUCGACAUGCAUGAGUGGACUCCUGAGGUCCUCUCAUUGCUUGUCAACGCCUCUCCGAUAGUUGAUGUUCUGGCCUUGCGGGGGAUGCUCAACUGGAGAUGUACAAAUAGUGACAGCGCCGACAUCGCCAAGUUGCUUCCUGCCCUCAACAACCCCACCGAGAUCCGCGUUCUUAACCGCUCAGAACCUACAAACAUUUAA